AUGUUAGAAGACGAAGAAGAGGAAGAAGAAGAAGAUAAGGAAGAAGACGAAGGAGAGGAAGAAGCAGAAGAAGCAGAAGAAGGAGAGGAAGAAGCAGAAGAAGCAGAAGAAGGAGAGGAAGAAGCAGAAGAAGCAGAAGAAGAAGGAGAGGAAGAAGCAGAAGAAGCAGAAGAAGAAGGAGAGGAAGAAGCAGAAGAAGGAGGAGAGGAAGAAGCAGAAGAAGGAGAGGAAGAAGAGGAAGAAGCAGAAGAAGGAGAGGAAGAAGCAGAAGAAGCAGAAGAAGGAGAGGAAGAAGCAGAAGAAGCAGAAGAAGCAGAAGAGGAAGAAGCAGAAGAAGCAGAAGAAGGAGAGGAAGAAGCAGAAGAAGCAGAAGAAGGAGAGGAAGAAGCAGAAGAAGCAGAAGAAGGAGAGGAAGAAGCAGAAGAAGCAGAAGAAGGAGCAGAAGAAGCAGAAGAAGGAGAGGAAGAAGAGGAAGAAGGAGCAGAAGGAGAGGAAGAAGCAGAAGAAGAAGCAGAAGAAGAAGCAGAAGAAGGAGAGGAAGAAGAGGAAGAAGCAGAAGGAGAAGCAGAAGGAGAAGCAGCAGAUUUUCUAAACACAAUGCUAAAGAAUGUAGAUGUCUAG